GCCAAAAAGAAGAAGAGCAUAAAGAAUAUUUUCGAGAAGCUGCGCAUUAGAAGCUGUUUCCCCAUCGGUAUUUCUUCUGUUCGCACGGCGGCGUGAGGAAGAGAACGGUGACUGAGAGAUGUCGAAGAAGCUGCUGCAGCCGAUAGGGCAGAAGAGGCUGACGAAUGUGGCGGUGGUUCGCUUGAAGAAGCACGGGAAUCGUUUCGAGAUUGCUUGCUACCCGAACAAGGUGCUUUCAUGGCGAUCUGGCGUAGAGAAAGAUUUGGAUGAAGUAUUGCAGUCGCAGACGGUUUAUUCUAACGUUUCCAAGGGAGUUCUUGCCAAGUCCAAAGAAUUGAUCGCUGCGUUUGGGACGGAUGACCAGUCCAAAAUCUGCCUGGAGAUUCUGAACAAAGGGGAGCUUCAAGUUGCAGGGAAGGAGAGAGAAUCACAAUUGUCUAGUCAGUUUCGGGAUAUUGCAACGAUUGUGAUGCAGAAGACGAUAAAUCCCGAAACUCAGCGACCUUACACUAUCAGUAUGAUUGAGCGAUUGAUGCAUGAAACCCACUUUGCCGUCGAUCCACAUAGCAGUUCGAAGAAGCAGGCACUGGAAGUUAUUCGUGAGCUUCAAAAGCAAUUCCCCAUCAAAAGAGCGCCAAUGAGAAUACGCCUUACCGUUCCUGAAAACACUUCUUCAUCACUUGUUGAAAAGCUGAAUGCCUGGGAAGCUACCAUCACUGCAAGAGAUACUUCUGGAAGUCAGCUGUCUUUUGUCUGUGAAAUCGAGCCAGGUUUCUUCCGAGACUGUGACAUCUUGGUCAGGAAUCUUCAAGGCAGAAUGGAAAUUCUGGCGGUGUCCGUUCAUUUCGAGGGGGACACACAUGUGGACGACAUUGCCGACCAUGUAGACCUGCAACCAUCCCUCCCCACCAAGGACUCUACCGACCCCAUUGCUCAACUCUCUGAAAAAGUUCAGAAACAGACCAUCUCCUCCACAGCACCCAAGAAAGUUGCGGUCGAGGCAAAGCAGAACCAGUGCAGCACAUGCAAUGCAGUUGUUGGGGAUGCUAAGGAGUACAGGGAACACUUCAAGAGCGACUGGCACAAGCAUAACUUGAAGCGGAAGACACGUAAUCUGCCGCCACUCACAGCGGACGAGUGCUCUGCUGCUGAUGUGGACUUGGGCGACUCUAGAGCUGAUUUGAAAGACUACUCGUUUUGAAUUUGUAUUAGUCGGGAAGUAUGUUUUCCUUUUUGUAAUCCGAGAGGCAACUUCGUAUAUGAUAGGAGUGAGCAAGUACAGUCUGCAUGUGUAUUAGCCAUACCUAUUAAGUAUUAUGUCUGUUACCACUGAGGGUGGAUGUUUAACGUGUGUCUGAAAUUGUACAAUCUGGUUUAAGCUCUACAUCAUCUUCAAGUUUAUGAAAUUUUGGUUGAUCCUCAGCCUAUGGCGUUAUGUAACGGUGAUGGCAUUCAUCUUCUGCCUGGUUAUGGUUCGAUCAAUGGGUGGAUCUCAAAUUCAUUGUACUACGUACAGAUUAUAGUGUUGGCAUGAAUUUCCCAGAACAGGCAAUGUUUCUGGCAUGGUCCAUGAAACCAUACCGGCGGUUCAACCACGAAAUACCAGUAUCGGAUGCUAAACCGGUAGGCGGUAUUUAACGGUACAACGGUUGAACUACGAUAAAACCACGGUUUUACCAUAAAAUACCCUACAACUGACUUUUCCGGUACGGUCUUCGGUACGGUUUCAUGGACCAUGGUUUCUGGACUUGAAUGUGAUCAGUAAAACUAAUCGGUACUCAUUUGUUAAUUAUGCAUAGUACAAGUGCUGAAAGAAAGAAUCGUUCAAAGGGAGAAAUAAGGUAUUUAUUUUUUAGUAUUUAACCUCGUUCACUGCUUUGUUGGGAAAAAGAAGAAAAAACGGCAUUUGGGCAGUAUAGGAAACAGGUGGCAAGAGUGAGUUCCCCUUUUCUCUCAUAUAGCCACCGGAGAAGCUGAGCUCUUCCUUCCCGCUGCGUCUCUAUCCAGCUCGAUCCUUCUUCUUCAGCUGACGGUUUCACCUCCGCCGCACAGCUCUUCUUCUCCUUCUCCAUCCUCCUCCUGCCGGCGGUAAGAGAUUCUUAACCUCGUAAAAUCGUGAUCUCAAGCACCUCUAAUUUCUUCCAAUUCAGUUCUCCCUCUCGCUCGCUAUCGCUGUUUUCUUGAUGGAUUAUGAAUUCGUUGCGUGCUCUCUUUCGUUGGCAGAAGUUUCCAAUCAAUCCUAAAUUUUUCUGCAUUGAAAUUGCUCGUGGAAGUGGUUAGUAUAGACUGACAGCGCCGUCUGUUGGAUCUCGAUAACGUAUAUGCAAUAUCCAUGCUUGUUAUUUGGGUGGAGUGAGUGGAUUGGUCUUAUCCCCGAUAGAAGAUUUGUUAGAGUGCAGCAGUACCGAUCCUGCUAUAAGAAGCAACGUAUAAUGGUUCAAUUAGACAGAAGAAGAACAAACAGUUGUCUAAAGUUUAGGCUUAGUUCUUCCUGUGACAUGAUUCUUUAGAUCGACACUUGACCCGAUGUACUGACUAGGGUAAAGCUGCUAGCAAAUUCGGUUAGGUUUAAACUUUUACUUCCCCCCUGAUCAUUCAUUUGAUUGAACGCUUGCUGUUCUUAUAUGUUCUGGAUCACUUCUGUGUAGACUGUAGGCUACUGAAAGUUGACUGAAUUAGCUUGCAGUUAGUAAUAUGCUUGUCUAGUUUUUUUGUUUCUUUUGUGCAUCUCUCGUAAAUAUCAAUGGGUUUUAGAUAUAUGAUUGCGGGUGUUGUGUAGUGUCUAGUAAACAAGGUAUCGGGACUUUGAUUGUCUUCUUUUUGGCACUUGAAGAGAAUGUACUUUGUUAAUGGCCAUUAUGGUUCUCCCAUUGCAGGUGAAAUUGGCAGGCUUCAGCUUUCAACUGGCUUAUACGUCACAUUUGAUCACCCUUUCUAUUGUAAUACACAAGUGCUUAUCUUUUUUGUUGCAAAAGAUAUUGUGGCCAACUUUUCUACCUUCUAAUGGUCUACAUAUCUAUAUUUUUUUCAUACAGGAUUAAUUUGUUCUGCUGGAGAAGAAGCGGACGGAAAUUGUGAGCUACCCCUUGCCACAAUUUCUUGCUGUCGGUGGGACUAACUCGCUAAUGAGCAUUGUUUUGUUGAAAAACUUUGAAAUCUGUGAGUAAGGGUUAAAAGGUGACAAACCAGAGUAAAGAAAUAGCAGAGAGGUUCAUUAGAGGAGAAGAUUAAAAAAUGGCAAUGCAGUGGAGUUCAACUCUGUUUGUGCUCCGGAUUGUUUGGUUGGCGCUUUUUGGAUGGGUCUCAUCUUGCUUGACCGUCGCUGACGAGGUUGCCCACUCCCUGAGAACUGGAGAUAUUGGCCCAUUCAUUAUUGGCUGACUGGAUCUGGUUCUAUUCACAUGUAUGUCUCCAGACCCUGGUGAUACUUUCAGACAACUCAUCAAUUCCUAAUUUAAGUCAACUAGUUGCUUGCUCCUGAUGGUCCUUUGUGUAGUGUUUUGGACAAGAAUAUUGCUAGUUUAAAAUCUGUAUGUUCUCAAUCUUCACAACUAAAAAAAAUGUUGGGAGACGGUGUAUAUUUAGUUGCUUCGCCCAAAAACCUAUGUGUUUAUAUCAUCCCCAGUGAUGACCUCUGUCAUUGUCUUCAAGCCUUUAGUUUAGUUUGGUGCAGGUUUUGCUGCUUUCCAUUGUCAAGACCAAUAUUCCGAAUGUGUUCAAAUAUUGUUGCUUCCACUGAAAAACUCACUCUUUUUUCUUGUAUGGUAUCUCUUGUUCUUCUUUUGAAAUGCUGUGUUGUAUCUUCUGUAGCCAAGCGGUCGGAAUCAUAAGUUAGUGGUGUUCAGUAGUCUCUAUUGUGACUUUGAUGUUCGCUAAGAGGGGAUAGAAAAGCUUUGUGGGGUGUGGUGGGCGGCGGCUAGUGCUUAUGUUCUCAUACUCCCAGCUCUUUGGCAACGUGAUUGUUUUUGUAUUAUUGGCUUCAUAAUCUUUUGGCAAAAAUUGCUUCUGAUUUCGGUCUUGUUUACUUUUGGAUUCCAGGUGAUAUUGAUUACUGGUUUCUGAUAGCAAAGUGUUAAUGUGCGAGGUUUUGUAUUUCUUUGACUAAGCCAAUCUGAUGCCAAAGUUCUGUUCAGAGUUGUGGGAAGAUAUGCAAGGCUGACUUGGACAAUGAGGAACAACCAUCUUGAAACUAGCUUGAUACUAUGCUUGCUACUCACGAAGGGGCUUUGUAGCUUGAUACUAUGCUUGCUACUUCCACUGAAGUGCAGUCCUCCUGUUACUGGUUUGGUGAUGAUAUUAUCUGAGAAUGCCUUGUUUGCUGUACAGAUUGAUGAAUAGAUGUAGAAAGAAAAGAACAUAUCUGGUGCUUGUUGCAGUUUGGUGCUCUACAAAUGGUUUGACAAAUGCUUUCUUCCUCCACAGGCAAAUUCACUGUGCUUGUUUCCAUGGUUGGAAAGGUUGAUUUGAUGACUUGCUUUAAGUUUUUUGAAUUAUAGUUUAGUCAACGACUCUUUCGAAUUGUUCUUAUUUUGCAUAAGAUAUGUACCUUCACAUUGCGAACCGUACUAUUUCGAGUUCUUAUUGUUGAUAAUUCGACAGGUGUUUUUGUAUGUCCUCUAAUGGGUGUCGCGUGUGUUUUGAAAUCAUAAAGAGGCCACUUCUUCAUUGAUUUAAGGCUUCAUGAACCUCUUCCUACCUAGUACCUACAACGAGAUUUUCGUACAUGUGUGAUGUGACUAUUGAGAGGAGUUUUAGCUCCAAGUUCCUUGCAAAUAAUUCUCCUAUUAUUUAAUCGCUACGAAGUAAUAUUUCAUGUUAUAGUACAAAAUGUCGUUAGAUUAUUGAUAUUUAUCGUAUUGUUGUCAUGUGGAGUGAUCGGUUUCGGUAUCUCUUUCGAGCGUAUGAUCCAAACAUUAAAAUACCUUUCGGAAAUUUGAGGAUUGGGAGAGAGAAGUGUUCAAAAUUUGUGAACGAAACAACCAUACUUGUAAAGUUCGAGGUAUGAAAAAGCGAAAAUUCCAUUGACAAGCAAAGCAAAGCAACCCUUUGUUUGUGGUCCCUACCCACCCACCGUUUAGCAGCUAUUCUGUUGUAUUUUUCUUUUUUCCUCCUUUCUCUUUCGCCGUGCUGAUUGCUUUGCUUGCUCUACUUGUUAAUAUUAUCAACACCGACAUCUCGCGGGAGCAGACUAUCCUACUCCCAUUCUUUUCCUUUUCCCCUCCGACGACAAAGGUAAGUGAUAAGAAGGGAAGACCUCCAUCCCUCCGACCGAUCUCUGUACUUUUUUUUUUCCAAUUUCAUCGUCAUCGGAACCUUUGGGCCAAUGAAUUCCGCUACCCACCUCAUAUAGUCGAAAGCUUCUAUUUCGAGCGGGCCGCUUGAUUCUUAAGCUUUAAUUUGUAUAUAAUUUUGGACAUAAUUUGGUCUGAUCGCAGUUCUCUUCGUCUUCAAAUAAACCAGGUUCCAAGUAUUGCAUAAUCGCCGGCGAGUUUGGCUUCUCGGGUGUUCCUUCCCAAGGUUAGGCCCUCAUCUUUGAAUCAACCUUUUUUAAAAAAAAAAAAAAAAAAAAGAGGAUAAUCGUCAUGCAUUUUAACUGCUCGACGAAAUGCUUAGUCUCUGUGCUUUCUUAAUAAUUAUCAGCUGGGUUGGGUGGGUAUUUGUGUGUGCCGCCACUUGUUGGUCGGUAGUCGGUGUCACACCGAUCAAAUAGUUCGGCCGCGAGAAACCCGAUCAAACCUCAAAGUGCAACUAACAUGAAUCCUGUUUGAGUCUUUGUGGGCAAUCAAUCAAAGAAACAGGAAGCGCAGUAACGAACACUCUUUGUGCGUUUCUGGUUUCGGCUUUGUCGAUGGGCUGACUCUGGAAUCAUUGUUGGUUAGAUGCACCAUGCAAGAGUUUCAAGCCCCAUAUUAAACGUGAGCCUAAACAGAAAAAAACGGACGAUACUUAAACUCCUCUGACCAAAUAGAAUUCUUGCGCGAUCCAUUCUUUGUCAAUCUAUAUAUCUGAAAACUUUUUGCAAAAGUUGAUCAAACGAAUGCUCUUAACUUUCUGGGGUGCGAUGUGUCCUGAUUGCUAAAUUUUGUGUGUAGUGCAUCUGAGGGCUGGCCAUUUCUCCCAGUUGAAAAAGGAACGAUGGUUUCUGCAAAUAGAGAAAUGGCUGUGUAUUGCUUUGACACGCUCGUUGCUCACUAUAACAACAAGGAAGCCCCACCUCCUGCCUUUGACGAGGGCCAACAGUAAACCCUUUUCUCCUCUCCUUUCCCUCUUAACAUACAUUGAUUUGUCAUGUCGGGGGUCAUUUGAUUCAUUGGGGUUAAGGAAGCCCAUUUUCUUUAUCAUUGUCUUUGGCCUAACUUUCCUAUGGAGACUUUCUUUUAAGGAUUGUUCAGUUAUUGAUUUCAUGGUUUUAGCUACUAAUUGCUUGUUUUCUCCGUAGCUUAAUUUAAGAUACUCUCUACAAGGUGGCUGAAGCUUCCUUGGUGUUGAAGUGUCGUGGAACUUCACUAGGGUCACUUUAUCACCAUGAUUAGUUAUAGACAAAGCUGCAAGUUACUGUAGACCAAGAUUUAUGCUCUUUUGUGAUCCUCUGCUAAUUAUUAAUGAAACAGUCCCUUUUUUGUUCAAAUUGAGAGUAUGAUUUUGUCGUCAAUUGUAUACCAAGUUACGCUGUUCUGUGUUUGUUACUAAAAGACCUGGCCGUUGCAACUUCUAGAAGAUUGAAAUAAUCUUUGUGUUUAUAGCAUUCUAAGUGAUCUAUUGUAGGGAUUAUUUCAACUAAUAUGUAGUUCUGCAAAUUUCACUUCAACUAGCAACUCCGGAUAUUUCAGUGUCAGUAGUCUUCAAACUUCUGUUCGACCCAUCAUCUGGGAAAUUGUUGGGCUGGAUUAGACUAUAGGUGGUGACAUGUUUUGGGGACUGCAGCUUAUCCCUUGCCAUUCUUACGGUCCUUUCUAUUUUUAUGGUGCUAAGUAAUUGGAUGGUGAUACUGAAUUACUCGUAACAACCUGUCAUUGUUCAUUUUGGUAACUAUAUGAAACAUAUAUCAUAUUUUCGUGUACUGGCACUUCAAUCACUUUACAAUGAUUUGUCAGGCACAAUUUGUCACGCAGCAACUCUAUACUUACAAUAAAUAUGCUUGCACGAUAUGAACCUUGGAUGGGAUGCUUGAGUUGGUGGUUGCUAUUAUUCUUUACCUACUUUGAACUACAUCGUUCACCAUUGCGUCCAACUUUCCUAUAAAUCACCAUCAGUAAUGCUUGCUAGAAUAGGAAGAAUCAUGACCUGUAAGCCGUGGCCAAUGUUACCGGGGAUGGCCAAAAAAUCUAUCUUGGUUUUUAUGCCUUUUUCAUCUUACUUUUUAUAUGACCCAUAGUAAUGAAGGGUAAACUUAAGUUGUUUAUUCUAGUUUCGCUCUGCACUAAUUUGCCUAAGUUAUUAAAAGAAUUUGUGUGUUUGGAGGCCUGGAAUAAAAUCAAGAUUAGUUUAAGUUGAUAGCUAUUGAUAAACAUUUUUUCUCUCUGUUUUCAGCUUCUUUUUCUUUUCUGUUCGGUAAAAUGUCUAUACUUGAUAGUUCGUUUCCACUUAGCCAUAAUGAACAAUGUCUGGAAUGAGCCUAAACGGGUCUUAAAUUGUCUUAUUGUUGAUUAUUCUUUUUUUUUUUUUUUUUGUCCAUAGGCAGCUUUAUUAAAAUAAAUGUGGCUGAGACAUUUUGGUUAAACAUAGAAGUAAAGAUCUCACUUUGAAGCUGGUUCUUCAUUAAUACAUGAAUUUAUAAGGAGUACUCACGAAACCUUACUCAGCAUUGUUCUCAUGAAACGAGGUCAAGACAAUGCUAGGAAGCCUUUAGUUGGACUCACAUCCAUGCUUUUCAAAGGAAACUUGUCUGCUUGCUAGUCAUAUGCAUAAUUAUGGAUGAUUCCACUGGUAGUUGUCAUGAUAGCUUCUUUAGGUUUAAGCAAGGUUUCGAGUUUUGUGGUUUCGUUUCUUUAUCCUUUCUAGCAUAAUAUUUCCUUUAUCAUUCUGGUCACUACUGGAUUUUGUUUGCUCAACUGUUUCUUUUAAUAGUAAUGACGUAAUAUUGACCGAGUCGACUUUGCAAUAAGAUUCUCAUUCGGAAUGCAACUAAAGUUUUUCAAUUUUUUUUUUUUUGGUUUAUCCCACAAUGAAUACUUCUAUCUUUGCUCUGAGUCGGGUAGAAUGACAUGGUAGAAUGAAUACUUCCAUUUUUUCCUCCCCAGUCCAUUGUUUGUCACUUGGAAGAAAGUGGUCAGUGGUGGUGAGCCUCGUCUACGUGGAUGCAUUGGGACUUUGGAAGCUAGAGGUUUGAUUAAUGGAUUCAAGGACUAUGCUUUAACCAGGUAUUGAUGAUAAUGUGUUACUAAUGCAGGAAACAUUUUUUAUUUUAUUUUCUUGUAACUUACUUAUAACAGAAGAGGGAACUUUAACAUGCGGAACCAUUAGCAAUGAACUGGAUUUAUAAAUGCAGUUGAAAUUGAUUUAUAUAGAGUAAAACAUACUUUUCUAUUUGCACCAAAUCCCCUAGUGAAACUGUACAAACUAUUAGGGGGCUUGUUGGUGCAUUCGACCAUCAGGACUAUGUCUAGAAUGUUUUGGUUGCUGUAUUAACUUGAAGACGAGGUUUCGUUCUCAUAACAUAUUUCUCUAUACCUUUUUAGUUGGCUCAAAGUAAUUCCUUCCACUGAUUUAUUUGUGAGAAAUAGAUGAAGUUCUUUACUACUCAAUAUUCUUCUCUGCAUUGCAUAUCAGUGCGUUUAGGAUGCUUACAAAGUUGCAUUUAGAAAUUGCAUUGCGCUUCAUGCAUAGUUAAUUAAUCUUGUGACUGUUUAAUCUGGAUCACUUCUGAAACUAUUCGUUCCAAGUGCCUGAUUUCAUUGUUUCUGGACGAUCUCUCACUUGAUAUUUGACGCCAUCCCUGCCUCUAUAUGCUUCUUACCAUUAUUUAUGUUGACACAGUGCUUUGAGGGACCGGAGGUUUCCUCCUAUACAGGCCAAGGAGCUGCCUUCUCUAGAAUGUACAGUGUCUAUUCUAACUAAUUAUGAGACUGCUAACAACUAUCUUGACUGGGAGGUAUGUUAUUUCAACUCAUUUCACUUGGAAUACUGAGAUUGCAAAUUUGCAAUCAUUCCCUUCUCUAGUUACCGGCCAUUAUACCCCGAUCUCCUGUAUCACCAUUUUUAAGGUCUUUGCUUUUUUUGGCAACUGUCUUCAGGGUCCAAAACUUAGGGCAGUGAAUGUAACGUUUGAGCUAAGCAUGCAUUUUCAAGUCAAUGUUGCAGCUACUUCAUACCCUAAAUGCAAAAGGCAGUUUAUGAUAUUAAAUAGUUUAGUACCCU